AUGACUGACCAGUCCCGGUCUGCGACUCCCACCGGGUCUGCGCCCAAGCCGAAAGGCAGGAAACUGCCUGGAUGGCUGGAUCAUUUCAAUGCGCGCGAUCUGAAAGUCCUCUUCCGCUGCUCGCUAGCGGCUUGGGUCGCGUCGCUGUUAAUUUUCAUCACGCCGUCACUGACCACAAUUGGCACGGCGACUUUCUUCGCAACUCUGGUGCUGUUCAUGGUCCCCCCGACCGGCAUUGUAUUCAUCUUCUUACUGGGAUCGUUGACUCUCAUCUUGGGAAUGGCCCUUGGCUGGGCCUGGGGUGUGAUUGCUAUGAAAGCGGCUCAGGCGGCUAGACCGGCGAUUGAAACCCAGGCUCGGCUUCAGGCUCUGGGUCAAACGGCCUAUACCACUGCUAAUGCCACGGGGCAGAGUGUGGCUGCCGUGCAACAAGAGCUCGUGUAUUCGGGUUGGAUGCUUGAUGCGCGUGUUACGGCUGUGUACUAUUGUUUGAUCUGCCUGUUCAUUUAUAUGUUGUCCCGUCUUCGUGCCAAGAACCCCAAGAUGAUCUUGCUGCAGAUAUUCGGCAUUAUUAUUGUCGAUGUUACGCUGACUAUUGGCCCGCUACUUCCUUCGUUCAAUGGAACUAUCGCCAAAGUACUGGUUGAGCCAGCUGCCAUCGGAAUUGGACUGGGAUUGGUUUCUCACUUCAUCUUCUUCCCCAGGUCUACUUCGCAUGUUGUUCUCGAUCAAAUGCAGGGACUUGUCUGUUUACUGAAAGGUCCUCUUGACGCCACGGACACCAGUUUGCUUAAAGGCGAGGAUCUGACCCUCGCAGAGCUGAACGCCAUAAAGGUGAAGUGUAUUGCUACUUACAAGGCCAUGGAACCGGCAAUGGGCUUUUUGCCAUUGGAUUUUUCGGUUGGCUGGUGGGGAGCUGAUGACGUGAAGAGUAUGAAGCAACCGAUUCGCCAGGCUUUGAUGACUAGUCUGUCCCUGCUGGAAGUUCACAUCGCCCGUAUUGGAGGACAUGCAAAGCUGGAGAAACUGCACCAACUUACCGUUGAUCGCGACUCGGAUACUGAGUCACAAACAACCGGGAAGGAAAAGGAUCGCCCGCGUGAGGUCGGUAUGCGCCAAUUGAUUGAGAGCGUCAAUCUCGUUCAAGCGCUUCGAAGCCCGGAGCAUGAAUCUCUUCGAUCGGAAACCAUUGAUGCCUUACGACAGUCCAGCAAGGAUAUUCUUCCGGCGUGUCAGCACGCCACGGAGCUGAUUGCCGAGUGCAUCGGUACCGUAAACAAACGAUGGUUUGGUCGUGCUUCCAAAGAACACCUUAUUGAACUAUGCGAACGUACUCAGUCUGCGCUGCAGAACUUACAAUCACUGCGCGAGGCAUUCGCGACUGAAACAACUGAACGCCUCAUCUCCACCCAUGCCGAGAUCUUCGACGAGAAGGGUAAGCUCAAGACUCUUGACGAGUCUUCGGUGCAUAGAGUCAGAGGCAUCACCAUCGGAAUGAUAUUCGAAGAGCAGGUUCUCGGCGUCGCGGACGGAUGGGAGCGUGUCCUGGGUCAACUUGUCAAUCUCCUCAAAGAAAGACAGAAAAUCCGACUGUGGCUACCCAAAGGACUGCGAUAUGCAGUCAACUGGGUUCGUCGCAAGAACGCACUGGCACCUGUUCCAGCAGCUUCCGAACCGACGGUCGAUCCUGACGUCGCAGAGGCUCAGUCUAAAGCCGCUCAGCAGCAUCUGCGCAUCAGUCGAGGAUACCGCGUGAACCGACGCAGUGGACUAGGAAAAGCGAUCAUUGGUUCUUAUCACUGGCUCAUCAACCCGGAUGGUCUGUACGCUAUGCGCAUGGUCAUUGUUACGGUUGCACUCGCUAUUCCCGCAGCAAUCCCCCACUCUGCGGGCUUCUACUACCGUGAGAAGGGACUCUGGGCAUUGAUCAUGGGACAAACCACCCUAGUCAUCUAUAUGGCCGACUUCACGUUCUCCCUCUUAUGCCGAGCCAUCGGUACAAUUAUUGGUGGUGUUCUGGGGCUGGUUGCGUGGUAUAUUGGCUCCGGACACGGCCCUGGCAAUCCGUAUGGCCUCGCGGCUGUCAUGGCCGCUGUGAUCAUCAUUCUCAUGUGGGGACGCAUUUUCGCUCCCAUGGCCUUGCUCCAAGCCAUGAUGAUGGCUGGAGCGACCUGUAUUCUUGUGAUCGGCUACAGCUACGAUGAUACACACAUCCCCUCCUACGGAAACCCUGGCUGGGGUUACAACGUCUUCUGGCGACGACUUGUUCUCGUUCUCAUUGGGUCCGCCGCUGCACUAAUUGUCCAGCUCUUCCCACGUCCACCCUCUGCCUCGCGCCACAUCUGCAAGUCUCUUUCCAACGUCAUCCGCUCUUUAUCCGACCACUACGCCCUCCUCCUCUCAUGCUGGGGCCAAGGACGCGAGGAAGGCCUAGCAGCCGAACAACUUGCCCUCGAUCUCGCCGAAACCCUAACAUCACUCGAUGGGCCCGUAGCACUCCUCCGCUUCGAGUUUUCCAGCUCACCCUUCGACAGCGAGCGUCUGGGCCAAGUCAAAUCCCUCUGCCAAGAACUCAACCAGAAUCUCGGUCGUCUGCUUUAUCUCUCUGCCUCCCUGCCCGAGCAUCUCCAGACCCGACUCGCGCGCCAGGCAGGUCUCCUGGAUCACCGCAACGUCGGCGAUGUCAUGGCCGUCCUCGGUAUUGUGGAGCAAUCCCUCAAGACAGGCGAUGCUCUCCCCGAGGUCCUUCCUACACCCUUGCUGAAGCGUUGUCAUGACUUCUGGCUUUCCCGGCAGGUGGAUAUUGCGCUGAGCACGGAAUUAAUCCGCGACGAAAACUACCGUCGCUUCUGUGUGGCUGUCAGUGCCUACCUCAAGUUCCUGGCAGCCGUGGAUGAUCUGGUGCUCGUCAUGAAGGGUACAUUGGGUGAAUCGCAUAUUGUCAGUCGAGAGCUGCCCGAGCAGGGUGUAUAA